AUGGAAGCUGCUACACAGAUCGUAUUGCUUAUGCUCUUGUUUAUCGUCACAGCCGUACCUCUUUCCAUCGCCGGAGAAAAUUUCGACGUCCGCCGCCAUCUAUCCACAGUUACUAGAUAUCAAGUCGCUAAGGAUAUUUAUGAAAAUUCACACAUUCCUUCAAGAAUUCCUGAUCAGUGUAGGCCUGUCCACUUAAAUCUUGUGGCAAGGCAUGGCACUCGAGCUCCUACCAAGAAAAAGAUGAAAGAACUAACUGCCUUGUCCACUCGCCUGGAAGUCCUUCUAGAAAAUAUGAAGGAGCAGAUUGUAAACGUGGUUCCUGCAUGGCUACGUGGAUGGAAAUCUCCAUGGACAGGAAAGCAUAAGGGUGGUGAGUUGAUAAGUGAAGGAGAAAAUGAACUGUAUGAACUUGGUAUCAGGACCAGAGAAAGGUUUCCAGAAUUGUUUAAUGAGGAUUACCAUCCUGAUAUCUAUCCAAUUAAAGCCACUCAGAUUUCACGAGCCUCGGCUAGUGCUAUAGCUUUUGGCUUGGGGCUCUUCAGCGGUCGUGGAAAUCUUGGUCCAGGACGUAAUCGAGCUUUUGCAGUUACCAGUGAAAGCCGUGCUAGUGACAUAAUGUUGAGAUUCCAUGAUUGCUGUCAAAACUACAAGGCAUUCAGGAAAAGUCAAGAACCAUAUGUGGAUAAGCUCAAGGAACCUGUGCUGGAUGAAAUAACUCGAGCAUUAGUUACCCGUUGGGGUCUGAAUUUCACUCGACGAGAUGUUUCAUCCAUGUGGUUUCUGUGCAAACAGGAAGCUUCUCUAUUGAACAAAACAGAUCAAGCCUGUGCUCUGUUCAUUCCAGAUGAGGUUCGUUUGUUGGAGUGGACAGAUGACCUGGAGGUCUUUAUACUGAAAGGCUAUGGUAAUUCAUUGAAUUACCGUAUGGGAGUUCCAUUACUUGAAGAUGUAAUCCGGUCAAUGGAGCAAGCUAUUAAGGAUACUGAAGAUGGACAUGUUCAUGGGAGCUACGAAUUGGCCAGACUAAGGUUUGCCCAUGCAGAAACACUGCUUCCGUUUUCAUGUUUAAUCGGACUAUUUCUUGAUGGAACCGGGUUUGCACAAAUACUAAGUGAACAACCUUUGAACCUACCUGUCAAACCACCCCAAAAGAGAAUCUGGCGUGGCAGCACAGUAGCACCAUUUGGCGGAAAUAACAUGCUCGUUCUAUAUAGCUGCCAGGCAAACAACACGAGCGAGUACUUUGUGCAAGUACUGCACAACGAACGUCCUAUCCCAAUGGCGGGAUGUGGAAAUUCCGACUUUUGCCCUUUCGAGGUGUUCAAGGAAAAAAUUGCUGCUCCUCAUUUGAAGCACGACUACGAGUCUCUUUGUAGUUUGGAAACUGGACAGUCGGGUCAACGUAUGCACGAGAAGGCCCGUGUAUGGCAGCUUGAUAGCGCUGGUGCGAGCGCAAGGCUACGCGAGCACGACAGAGACAACGCGCGGAUCACUACCGCGUGCUGCGUGCAGGAGUGCGAGGACCGCACACUGCUCGGUGACCACGCACGGGCGAUGCUGGAGGCUCUAGCGAGAUAA